GAAUCUGGAAAAGCGAAAAUGCAUAGUUUGAAAAACUUAUGCGAAGGUCUUGGUUUUGGGCCAGCUGUCAAGACUCGUUCAGGUUUUAUGAAAAUAUGGGACUCAUUGAAAGCAAACGUAGACAAUUAUCAACUACAGACAUCUUCAACAGAUAACAUUGAUCAGUCGGAGAACCAAGUUAACAUGAAUAUUUCAGAUGUACCAGGAGGAGACGAUUCAACCAGCACUGACGAUAACGUAAAACAUUGGAUAAUGUGCAAAGAAAAUCUUCAACGCCAAUAUCUCCAGUCCAAACGAAAUUAUUGUCACCAAUGGACAGUUCUGAAGAUGCAUCGACAGUUGAAGAUAUUCUAGAACGUAGCGUUAGUUCUUGCACUGAAGCGCAUAUAAAUACAGAAGACGCUUCCGAUAGCACACCAGUUACAGUAGAGCGGUCAAUUUUGGACGAUUAUUU